UCAAAGUUGUUUUAAGAAGAAAGAGAAAGAGAAAGAGAAAGAGAAAGAGAAAGAGAGAGAGAGAGAGGAACUAGGUAUAAUGGUGAAAUUUUCGGUUGGAGGAGAAGAUGACGUCGAAGGGCCUAGCAGUCCCAGGCCAAAGAAACGGAGGACUAACAGCGCUCCAAUUCGUUCACAACAGCAAGAUCAGGAUGAACAAAACCAUGAAUUCGCCGGUACUCGUGUCUGUCGAUUACACGACGAAGACAACCACGACGAUGAGCCUGAAGAAACAGAAGAGUCCGAACAGGAAACACAGGAUGGAGAACCACUGAAUUACGGUGAGGAACAGGUUGAAGAAAAUGAAGACUCAACGAGUUCUAUUUCAGUAACCCUAACUGAUCCUGAAGUUCUUGAUUGCCCUAUCUGCCUCGAGCCCUUCACUAUUCCUGUCUACCAGUGCGAGAAUGGGCACGCAGCAUGUUCAUGCUGCUGCAGAAAACUAGCAAAUAAAUGUCCGUCUUGCUCUUGGCCAAUUGGUUACAACCGAUGCAGGGCCCUGGAGAAAGUUCUAGAAUCACUUAAAAUGUCUUGUCCAAACAAGAUAUAUGGAUGCCCAGAAAUGCCAACUUACAAUAAGACGCUGGAACACGAGAAAGUAUGCAUCCACGGACCAUGUUGCUGUCCAGUCCCUUCUUGCAAAUUUGUUGGAUCUUCCAAUUCCUUGGUAAGUCAUUUUAGACGCAAACACUCAAGUUCCGCCAAGUACUUCUCUUUCGAUUCCAUGUUCAAGAUAACUGUAGAGCUAAGAGAGGAAUACUUGAUAUUACAAGAAAAGAGUGAAGGAGCUAUAUUUGUUCUUUACAAUGUUUUGGAAAAUUCUGGUAAUACAAUAAGCGUUGGAUGCAUUGGUCCGAAACAGUUAAAAAAGGGUUUUACUUACGAUCUGAUAGCUAGAAGUGAAGGGAAUACUGUCAGACUACAAGCCUUUGCGGAUAUUGCCUCAAGUCGAAAUGAGCAUUCUCGAAAGAUAUUUCUUGUGGUUCCAGAUGGUUUUACUAAUUUAUGGCACCUUCAACUUGAACUUUGCAUAAGGAAAGUGUAGAGAACUUGCAACUGUUAGUGGAGAACAUGUUUCGAUUCAAUCUUUGUUGUAUUUGCAAAACCUUCGUUUAUUCCUUCAUUAAUUGUUGCUGUUAUAGAAGAUGUAAUUGUUUCGUAUGAACAUUUUCUUAUUCUCGUGUUGAAAAUUGGAAUGCUUUGUAUUCGGAUU